AUGGCGACGGAUGGCAAGCAGAGCACGGCCAGGAGAGACUUGCUCCAGCAGAUUGAAACGGACGUGCAAAAGAAAUGGGAGGAGCAAAAGGUCUUCGAGUGCGACGCUCCCGACAGCAGCAGCGAGAAGUUCAUGUGCACGUUCCCAUACCCGUACAUGAACGGCCUUCUGCACAUCGGCCAUGCUUUCUCAUUGACGAAAGCAAUCUUUGCCGCACACUUUAAUCGCUUGCUGGGCAAAAAGGUGUUAUUCCCUUUCGGCUUCCAUUGUACAGGCAUGCCAAUCCAGGCUGCAGCCAACAAGCUGACCAGGGAGUUCGACGUGUACGGCAAGCCAUACCCAAUCUUUCCGCCCGGACGUCCGCAGCCAAAGGAGUCGUCGCCAGACGUGAUUGAGAUCGAUGAUGACGGCGUCACGAUGCAGUGGAAGCCACCAGCAUCGACGGGAAAGAAGGCUAUAAAGGAGUAUGUUGUGCACAUGAAGGUUCAGGAUCAAGACUUCAAGAUCGUCAAGAAGCUGCCUCCCCCGAGUCCUGAGGAGCUCAAGGCGGCUGGCAACAAAGUCCGGGCAGUUCUGCCCAUCGAGAGUGGAGGCUGCGUCUACAAGGUGAUCGCCAUCUUGGAGGAUGGUUCCUCGUGCCCACCAAGUCCUGAGUCAGAUCAAGUCUCUGUCGACGCGGCGCCCAAAGACAAGAAGAGCGGUGCUACAGGCGGCAAGCGGGUGGCAAAGAAGAUCCUGGCAAAGAGCGGCGAUGCAGCGUUCCAGUAUGAGAUCAUGAAGGCCAUGGGCCUUGCUCCCGACGACAUCCCCAAGUUCGUGGAUCCUUCAUACUGGUUGCAAUAUUUUCCGCCUCUGGGAGUCCGUGACUUGAAACGUUUGGGCACGCCCGUUGACUUCCGCCGAUCGUUUAUCACAACCUCUGCAAACAGCUUCUAUGAUAGUUUCAUCCGCUGGCAGUUCAGGAAGCUGAAGCAAUCCGACAAGAUUGGAUUUGGAAAGCGACCUACGAUUUACAGUGAAACGGAUGGACAGGCGUGCAUGGAUCACGAUCGGGCCGAAGGUGAAGGUGUUGGGCCACAGGAAUACACUGCCAUCAAGAUCGAGUUGUUGGAGUGGACCGACAUGAUGAAGAAAUCCUUCGCAAAAGGAAGCAAGGUUUUCUUGCUGGCAGCGACCUUACGGGCGGAGACCAUGCCGGGACAGACAAAUUGCUGGAUUCUUCCAUCUGGCCAGUAUGGUUGCUACAAGGGCCCUGACUCGGAAGUAUACGUGUGUUCGCAUCGAUCUGCGAGAAACAUGAGCUUUCAGGACAUCCUGCUUCCGUGGGGCAAGCCACACUGUUACAUGGAAGUUUCAGGUCAGGAACUUUUGGGCAAGAAGGUCAAAGCACCCACCACGAAGUACGAUCAUGUUUUUGUUCUGCCUCUACCUACAAUCAAGAUGGACAAGGGCACAGGUGUCGUCACCAGCGUCCCGAGUGACUCACCAGAUGACUAUGCCGCCUACAUGGACCUGAUGAAAUCAGACAAGAAGCGCGAGUUCUAUGGUGUGAAGAAAGAGUGGGUAGUGCCGUUCGACCUGAUCCCCAUCAUUGACGUCGAGAUCGACGGCGAAGUUCGGACCAUGGCCGCACAGUACAUGUGCGAGAAGCUCGGUGUGCAGUCUAUCAACGACCGCGUGAAGCUAGCAGAAGCUCACGACACUUGCUACAAGCUGGGCUUCGACAAAGGCGUGAUGUCGACCGGGCCUUUCAAGGGCCAACCUGUCAAGAAAGCAAAGUUUGAUUUCCGAAAUGUCAUGGUUCAGGCUAAACAAGCCUUCACAUACUCGGAGCCCGAGAAGAAGGUGGUCUCGCGAUCAGGCGAUGAAUGCGUGGUGGCUUCAAUUGAUCAGUGGUACCUGAAGUAUGGCGAGGAGUCUUGGAAGGGACAGAUUGAGGGUCAUCUGCAGAGCGCCAACUUCGUGAGCUACAAUGACCGCAUCAAGGAGUCGUUUGAGGAUGCGAUUGGCUGGCUCAAAGAGUGGGCGUGCAGUCGCUCCUUUGGUUUGGGAACGCAGGUGCCUUGGGAUGAGCAGUUCGUCAUUGAGUCUCUGUCAGACAGCACAAUCUACAUGGCUUACUACACGGUGGCGCAUCUGCUCCACGGAGAGGGCAACCUCGAUGGUGCUCAGGGGAGUCCGGCCAAAAUUCAGGCAGCGGAUCUCACUGACGACGUUUGGGAUUUUGUGUUCUUGAAUGGGCCCCUGCCGAAGAAAAGCAAGAUUCCGCAGAAGACGCUGGAGAAGAUGCAGAAAGAGUUCAGGUUCUGGUACCCUAUGGACCUGAGAGUGUCCGGCAAGGACCUGAUUCAGAACCAUCUGACCAUGGCACUGUACAACCACGCUUGCGUUUGGGAGAAGGAAUCGGACAUGUGGCCAAAAAGCUUCUUUUGCAACGGCUGGCUGUUGGUUAACAAUGAGAAGAUGUCCAAGUCAAAGGGCAACUUCUUUACAGUGGAGGAGAUCAUCAACAAUUACUCAGCCGAUACAGUUCGCCUUGCGAUGGCAAACUCUGGCGAUACGCUGGAGCCAGCGAACUUUGACCAGACUGUGUGUAACAAAGCUGUACUCACUCUGGCGGUGUUUUUGGAGACCAUGAAAGCCCUCGUCAGUGGCAGCGAGCCCCUUGAUGCAGGCGAUGAGAAGACUCGUUUCGUGGAUAAGUGGUUUGCCAACGAGAUGAAUCGCUUGGUGUUAGAGAGCAAGAAGUUCUACGAGACAAUGUACUAUCGGGAAGCCCUACGCACAUGUUACUUCGAGUUCACAUCCAUGUUCGACCAGUAUCGUGACAUCUGCAAGGCUGCCAGCUGCCAACCGAACAAAGUCCUGACCCUGCGGUACUUGGAGUGGCAGAUGAUCACAUUGUCCCCGAUUUGCCCGCACUUUUGCGAGCACGGUUGGUCCGUGGUGCUUGGCAAGAAAGGAUCCGUACUGGAUGCCAGGUAUCCAGCUCCAACCGCUCCAGUGGACACCUCCCUCUCCAAGCAGGGUGACUACAUGUUUAACAAGGUCCCUCACGACUUCAUCAAGCUGUUAGAGAAAGCAACCAAAAAUGGGACGGCAAAGUCGGCGGUUGUUUAUGUUGCGAAGGAGUUCCCCGACUGGAAGAAGACAGUCUUGGCGAAGCUGAGGGCGCGGCAGGAUGCCAAAAAGCUGCCUCUGGUGUCCCAGGAGGAAUUGAAGGCGAAUGCAGAGGCUUCCGCUCAGUGGAAGGAGAUCAUGACGGAGCUGAUGCAGGACGCGUCGCUGAAGCCUUUUGGCAAGCACUUGGGACCAUUUGCUGCGUUCAAGCGCGAUGAGGCUGCUGCAUUUGGACCCAGUGCCCUCGACGCAUCCCUUCCAUUUGAUGAGCUGGCUCUGAUUGCCGAGAAUGUGCCAUAUUUGCAGCAAAAGUUGCAGGUGAAGGUGGAGGUUCGCUCAACCGACUCUGCCAGCCCAGACCACAAGGAUGCAGCUGGCAAUUCUCAGCCUGGAAAGCCGGGUAUCCACUUCGAAGUUGAAAGCAGCAAAGGCGGUGGUGGCGGAGGCAAAGCAAAGGCUGCACCUGCAGAGAAACCUGCAAGCAACGGGAAAGCGGCGCCAAAGGCGGCAUCUAAGGCUGAAACCAUCUCCGACCUGAAAAAGCUCAACGAGCACCUCAGUACAAGGAGCUAUGUUGACGGAGGGUGCAAGCCUUCCCAGGCUGAUGCAGCACAGCUAGCAGCGACUUCCGACACUGUCUCCUCCGACCAGUUUCCGCAUGUAGCACGCUGGCACCGGCACAUCAGCUCUUUCACACCGACGCAGAGGGCAGCCUGGUAG